AUGAAUUUCUUUAGAUCCAAAACUAUGAGCUUUUAGAAACUAAUUAUUCCAAGAGAAAGUGCUUGGGAUAUAAUGAAUAUAUUGGCAGAAUAGGAUUGUAUUCAUUUUGUAGACUUCGAUCCUUCGGUACCAAUGAUUAAUAGGCUUUUCUCCAAUCAUAUUAAGAGGUGUGAUGACUUACUUAUUAAAUUAUCCUUUAUUGAACAUGAAAUAAAAAAAUACUAAAAGACAAUUACCUAUUCAAAAGAUGUCAAUUUAAUUGUUUAGAAUUUCAAAUUAUUAAUAAGAGAUAGGUAAUAUGAUAAUUUUAAUAAGAAGGUCUAAGGCUAGUCAAACAUAUUUAGAUAAUGUUGAAAUUGAUAUUGAAAAGAAACAUUUGCAAUUAAUUGAAUAAGUUAAUAAUUUGGAAUAUCUUUAUGAAAAAAGAAAUAAAUUAAUUGAGCAUAAAUAUGUUAUGAUAAAAGGCUAAGCAAUAUUAGGAAAAUCCUUCUUUUAAACGUAAGAUUUAUCCCUCAUCAUUAGAGCUAACUAUGUAGCUGAAGGAUUUAUGAAUAUAUAAGGAAAAUAAUUGGAUUAUAUUAAAUUAUUAUAAGGAUCUAUUAAAUUUAAUUAUUUAGUUAGUGUUAUCAAUAAGGAAGAUAAAAUAAGAUUUAAAAGAAUCAUUUUUCGAAUUACCAAAGGGAAUGUUUGGAUGAAUAUUAUGGAUAUUGACAACUAUGAAAUUAUAGAUACAACCAAUGUACUAUAAUUAAAUAUAAUUCAAGAAUAAUUUAAGACUUUUAAAAAGUGUAUUUGUAGUAGUUUAUCCAGGUGGUGGAGGAUCUAAUUUAAUUACUAAUAAAUUACAUAAAAUUUGUGAAUCGUUUUAAAUUACAAAAUAUAAAUUUCCAGAAAAUAAUAUCAAAUUUUAAGAAAUCUUAAAAUAAGUUGAAACUGAUUUAGUAGAAACAAAAAAUGUAUUAAUUUAUAAUAUUAAAGUUAUUACAAAUGACUCAAAGUCAAAUGGAUGCUUAUUUAGAUGAUUUUUUAAGUGUUUCUCAUAAUUCUAAAUGUUCAGAAAUAGAAGAGUUAAAAUUAUUUCUUAUUAGAGAAAAGUAUCUCUACACUUAAUUAAACUAUUUUCAAUUAUAAGGAAGUGCUUUAUAUGGUUCUAUGUGGUUGCCAGAAGGAAUGGAAAUUAAAAUAGAAAAAGCCUUGAAAGAAGUACAAAAUAAAAACGAAGGCUUACCAGCGGGAUAUUUAUAAUCUUCACUUCCACAAGGUUCAAGUCCACCAACUUAUUUUGAAACAAAUGAAAUUACUUGGGGUUUCCAAGAAAUAGUAAAUACAUAUGGGAUACCCAGAUAUAAAGAAAUCAAUCCUGGAUUAUUAACAGUAAUGACAUUUCCAUUUUUAUUUGGUGUAAUGUUUGCUGAUAUUGGACAUGGGUAUUAAUAAAUAUAAUUAAUUUUAGACUUUGUCUAUUAUUGUUGGGAUUGUAUCUUUGUAUAUAUAAUUAGGAUAUCAAAAAUGCUAAUUCUGUUUUGAAACAUACACUAAUAGUUAGACAUAUGUUAUUAAUGAUGGGUUUCUGGGCUUUUUAUAAUGGAUGGAUAUAUAAUGAUUUUAUGUCUGUACCUUUGAAUUUAUUUGGUUCUUGUUAUGAAGAAUACUAUAGAGAAUGAAAUCAAUUAAUAUAAAUGGGUCUUAAAAGAUGAGAGUUGUGUUUAUUCAUUUGGUAUAGAUCCAGUGUGGAUGUGUGUUACUAAUGAAUUGACCUUCAUUAAUUCUUACAAAAUGAAAUUAGCUGUCAUUAUAGGAGUGAUACAUAUGUCAUUUGGAAUAAUUUUAAAAGGAUUGAAUGCUAUUUAUUUUAAGAAUUGGCUUGACUUUUUUUUUGAAUUCAUUCCUUAAUUAAUAUUCUUCAUAUGCUCAUUUGGAUGGAUGGACUUUCUGAUAAUAUAUAAAUGGUUUAUUAAUUGGACUGGAAGAACAGACGAAGCACCAAGUGUGAUAACUUUAAUGAUCAAUAUGAUUCUUGCUCCUGGGUAGUAAGUAAUACCUCCAUUAUGGGGAGAUGGAAUAUCUGAAGCAUCAACUUAAACAGCUAUGUUACUAAUAGCUUUAAUUUGUAUUCCAAUUAUCCUAAUUCCAAAACCUCUUUUUCUUUAUCAUAGAGUAAAAAAGCAAGAAAAAGAGAUUUAGAAAAAUCAAACCUAAAAAGAUUUAUAUAGAGAAUUAAAUUAAGUAAAGAUUAUUAUUAUUCUUAAGGAAUCCAAUUUAUAAGAAUCUAUAAAAAUUUCUAAACAAGAAAUUCAUCAUGAAGAUUUUGGAGACAUAUUUGUACAUUAAGUCAUAGAAACUAUUGAAUUUUUAUUAGGUUCAAUUUCAAAUACUGCAUCCUAUUUGAGACUAUGGGCAUUAUCAUUAGCUCAUGGUCAAUUAGCAGAAGUAUUCUUCUAAAUGUGCCUUAAUGGAGGUAUUAGUAGCGGAGGCUUUGUAGGAGCAAUCAGGGUAAUUUUGGAUAUACAAUAUUUUAGCUUGUAUUUGGUUAUUCAGUUUUUUCUCUAAUCACUUUUGGUGUGCUUAUGAUGAUGGAUGUUAUGGAAUGUUUCCUUCACGCUUUGCGUUUACAUUGGGUUGAAUUCUAAAGCAAAUUCUUUAAAGCAGAUGGCUAUGCCUUUUAGAAAUGCUCUUACCUUAAAGUGAUGAAAGAGAAUGUUGAUCUAAAUGAAUGA